GGGGAGGAGACGUCCCCAGCCCAGUCCCUGGCUGCGCGCUGGCGGUCGGCGCGGCGUCAGGUGCGCCCGCCAGGUGAGCGCCCUCACUGGCUCGGUUGGUCCCCGGAGGGUCGGGCCCAGGUGCGGCCAGUGGAUUGGUUUAUCUUGGGAGCUAUAGGGCAUUGCUCAUCCUGAAGAUCAGCUGACCAUUGACAUCAGCCAUGUCAUCCAGGCCUCUUGAAAGUCCACCUCCUUACAGACCUGAUGAAUUCAAACCGAAUCAUUAUGCACCAAGCAAUGACAUGUAUGGUGGAGAGAUGCAUGUUCGACCGAUGCUGUCUCAGCCAGCAUACUCUUUUUACCCAGAAGAUGAAAUUCUUCACUUUUACAAAUGGACCUCUCCUCCAGGAGUGAUUCGGAUUCUGUCUAUGCUCAUUAUUGUGAUGUGCAUUGCCAUCUUUGCAUGUGUGGCCUCCACGCUUGCCUGGGACAGAGGCUAUGGAACUUCCCUUAUAGGAGGUAGUGUAGGCUACCCUUAUGGAGGAAGUGGCUUUGGUAGCUACGGAAGUGGCUAUGGCUAUGGCUAUGGUUAUGGCUAUGGCUAUGGAGGCUAUACAGACCCAAGAGCAGCAAAGGGCUUCAUGUUGGCCAUGGCCGCCUUUUGUUUCAUUGCCGCGUUGGUGAUCUUUGCUACCAGUGUUAUAAGAUCUGAAAUGUCCAGAACAAGAAGAUAUUACUUAAGUGUGAUAAUAGUGAGUGCUAUCCUGGGCAUCAUGGUGUUUAUUGCCACAAUUGUCUAUAUAAUGGGAGUGAACCCAACUGCUCAGUCUUCUGGAUCUCUGUAUGGUUCACAAAUAUAUGCCCUCUGCAACCAAUUUUAUACACCUGCCGUUACUGGACUCUACGUGGAUCAGUAUUUAUAUCACUACUGUGUUGUGGAUCCCCAGGAGGCCAUUGCCAUUGUACUGGGUUUCUUGAUUAUUGUGGCUUUUGCUUUAAUAAUUUUCUUUGCUGUGAAAACUCGAAGAAAGAUGGACAGGUAUGACAAGUCCAAUAUUUUGUGGGACAAGGAACACAUUUAUGAAGAGCAGUCCCCCAAUGUCGAGGAGUGGGUUAAAAAUGUGUCUGCAGGCACACAGGACGUGCCUCCACCCCCAUCUGACUAUGCGGAAAGAGUUGACAGUCCCAUGGCAUACUCUUCCAACGGCAAAGUGAAUGACAAGCGGUUUUAUCCAGAGUCUUCCUAUAAAUCCACACCGGUUCCUGAAGUGGUUCAGGAGCUUCCAGUGACUUCGCCUGUGGAUGACUUCAGGCAGCCUCGUUACAGCAGCAGUGGUAACUUUGAGACACCUUCAAAAAGGACUUCUGCAAAGGGAAGAGCAGGAAAGUCAAAGAGAACAGAGCAAGAUCACUAUGAAACAGACUACACAACUGGCGGCGAGUCCUGUGAUGAGCUGGAGGAGGACUGGAUCAGGGAAUAUCCACCUAUCACUUCAGAUCAACAAAGACAACUGUACAAGAGAAAUUUUGACACUGGCCUACAGGAAUACAAGAGCUUACAAUCAGAACUUGAUGAGAUCAAUAAAGAACUCUCCCGUUUGGAUAAAGAAUUGGAUGACUAUAGAGAAGAAAGUGAAGAGUACAUGGCUGCUGCUGAUGAAUACAAUAGACUGAAGCAAGUGAAGGGAUCUGCAGAUUACAAAAGUAAGAAGGAUCAUUGCAAGCAGUUAAAGAGCAAAUUGUCACACAUCAAGAAGAUGGUUGGAGACUAUGAUAGACAGAAAACAUAGAAGGCUGAUGCCAAGUUGUUUGAGAAAUUAAGUAUCUGACAUCUCUGCAUUCUUCUCAGAAGGCAAAUGACUUUGGACCAUAACCCAGGAAGCCAAACCUUGUGAGCAUCACAAAGUUUUGGUUGCUUUAAUAUCAUCAGUAUUGAAGCAUUUUAUAAAUAGCUUUUGAUAAUCAACUGGGCUGAACACUCCAAUUAAGGAUUUUAUGCUUUAAACAUUGGUUCUUGUAUUAAGAAUGAAAUACUGUUUGAGGUUUUUAAGCCUUAAAGGAAGGUUCUGGUGUGAACUAAACUUUCACACCCCAGAUGUCUUAAUACCUACAUGUAUUUGUUUGCAUAGGUGAUCUCAUUUAAUCCUCUCAACCACCCUUCAGAUAACUGUUAUUUAUAAUCACUUUUUUCCACUUAAGGAAACUGGGUUCCUGCAAUGAAGUCUCUGAAGUGAAACUGCUUGUUUCCUAGCACACACUUUUGGUUAAGUCUGUUUUAUGACUCCAUUAAUAAUAAACUCCCUGGCCUUUCAUAUUUUAGAUACUAUAUAUGUGAUGAUCUACCAGCCUCCCUAUUUUUUUCUGUCAUAUAAAUGGCUAAAAGAAGUUUUUCUUAAAUAAUAAAGAUCAUGUAAAAGUAACAAAUGUGUGAAAUUUAAAGAUUGUAAAUAUACAUUUACUUUUUUAAGAUCAAAGUUUAAACCCAGUGGUUAGAAUUUUGUGUAUUUUUAAAUACUUUUUAUCUUUUAUGGUUUACAUGCAUUUUUUAAAAAACCAACUAAACCUUUUCUUUAUAUCAGAAUAUCUGAUUACAUUUAUAAUUCAAUUGUGACUUGAACUGUAUCUUACAGGAAUGUUCAAUUUCUAUACAUAUUUUAUAAGGUAUUCAACCUGGUGUUUUCUUUCCAUAAUAACCUGUUUGAUGUUGUUAGUGCUGUUAACAUACAGCUGUGGAAAACCACACUCAGGAGUUGUAUCUGUUGUUGUUUAUACUCUUUUGGGUGCUGUGCUGGUUAGUCGUUUCCCAAUCCUUUGGCUGUAAGAAUGCUGGUAUGUCUGCAAAUAGAAUGCUAUACCAC